AUAUAUUUCUCUUCUCUCACUUCGAACCGUUUGUUUACAAAUUUAGUGCUUCACUGAUGUACUGUUGGCAACAUGAACAUGCAAGUCAACGAGGUUUGGGGCACUAAAUCCAUAAUUUAUAUGUAAUAAUCCUAUCCCUUGCGUCUCCCAUAGCACAUGACAGCUGAGCCUAUUAUCAUCUUUGCUCUCCAAGCUUUUUCCUUUCCCUUUCUUCCUCAUUCCCCUUUAUGCCUAUUUAGUUAUGUCGAAUGUCUUCCCACGCCGGAACCCUCCCCAGACUCUCGAGCUAAACGGGCAUAAGAUUCUUGCAACCGAGGUUGAGCUAUUAGAUCCACGUCGAACGGUAUAUCGUUUGAAACUUAAACCAGGCUCAUAUCGGUAUCCAAUUCCAGAAGGAGCCACCUCUAUUAUCAUUAAGCAACAAAAGGAGGACUGGGAGGAAGAGUUUAAGGAUGAAGAGAGAGCCUACAACAAAUUAGAGGCGCUUCAAGGAAAGGUGAUCCCAUACUUCUACGGCCAGGGCUACUUCGAUGGGCUACCUGCGCUUAUAUUAUCCGAUAUCAAUGGGAUUCCGCUGAGCGAUUUGGCUCGCAAUAAUGACGAGGUUUCGGAGGAUUUGUUGAAAGCUUAUCUGGAGAAAGUUUUCAAACAGUUUUCCAGGUAUGGAGCGUUAUAUCGAGACGAGAAACUGGAUAACUUUUUAUUGUGUGUUGACAAAGUCAUGGCUGUUGAUCUCGAGCGGGUUGAGUUUCCAGAUCAGUUUCGUCCAUGGCACCCUCUUGUCAACAAGGGGGGGCCGAGAUCUUUGAUGGAAGAUUUCGAAUACACGCGAAAUCCCAGGCGUAAAUCAUCUCUGCUUGACUUUUGGAUCUCUGGAAAUGAUACGAGUGCAUCACAGCUGGCUAGUUGAUUUUAUACCGGCGAUCUAUCAAGGAAGUAUUAGAAGGCUUGCUUCUGCAGUUGAAUACAUUUGGUUCAUCGGAAUUGUAUCUUGUCACUUUACAAGCCCCCAAAACAAUCAUACAGGUAUUACACCCGGCACUUCGU